GGAAGAAACCUCUCAAACUUUUCAUUUUCUAAGUCUCUUUCUACUUCUCCCAAACUCUCCUAAUUUCUCCUUUUCAUUUCUAAAUUAUCACAAAUUCAACAACUCAAAAGCCAAAUUUCAUCUCUUCAUCUUGCAGAUACUGCUUGCUCAGAAUCGACUGUUAAGAAAUCCAGAAGAUCCUCAUAUACUAAUUACAGUCAAAACCAUGCCAGUGGGAGAAGUCUUCCUUGGUGCUUUUCUUCAGGUGUUGUUUGAUAGAUUGGCGCCGAGUAAGCUGUCGCUCUUUCCGUGUGAAGAUGGGAUACGUUCAGAGUUGAAGCAGUGGAAGAGAAAGUUUUCAAUGAUCAAGGUAGUGCUCAACGAUGCCGAGGAGAAGCAACUGAAGAACGAGGCUGUGAAAAUGUGGUUGGACGAUCUCCAAGACUUGGCUUAUGAUGUGGAGGACAUCCUGGAGGAGUAUGCCACUCAGGUUGUAGAGCGGGAAUUGAUGACAGAACAAUCGACACAAUCGACAAACAGAAUUGCUGAUUAUUUCACUUCUUGGACUCCAAGUGCUCUGAUUUCCCAGGCUGAUAUGAAGUCCAAGACAGAAGAGAUAACUAGACGUUUAGAAGAUCUCUGUGAAGAAAAGAAUGAUCUUGGUCUGAAAGAGAUUGCUGGAGGCUCAUCUACUAUUGCAAGGAAAAGACCACCUAGUACAUGUGUCCCAACUGAACCAGCAGUUAUCGGAAGAGAUGCUGAUAAAGCCAAGAUACUUGAAAUGGUGUUAAGCGAUAAACAGAGUGGUGGCAGAUUUCAUGUAAUUCCCAUUGUUGGGCUAGGAGGAGUUGGCAAAACAACGCUUGCUCGGGAGGUAUACAAUGACAAGGCAGUGGCAGAUUUCAAUCCAAGAGCAUGGGCAUGUGUUUCGGAUGACUUUGAUGUUCUGCGUAUCUCCAAGGCAAUUCUUGAGUCAAUCACUGCAUCAACUUGCACUCCAACGAACUUAAAUGAAGUGCAGGUUCAGCUGAAAAAUAAUAUAGCAGGGAAAAAAUUCUUGUUAGUCUUGGAUGAUGUUUGGAGUAAGGAUUAUGACUCGUGGGAAGUCCUAAAGUCUCCAUUCUUGGCUGGAGCGCCAGGAAGUAAAAUAAUUGUAACCACACGCAGAAAAGAUGUGGCAUCGACAAUGGAACUAAAAGUAUGCUAUAAUUUGGAGCUUCUGCCGGAAGAUGCUUGCUGGGCCAUAUUUGAGAAGCAUGUAUCUGGAAGUAGAGUUAUUACUGCAGGAAAGAAUAUGGAAUUACUCCAGCAGAAAGUUGUUAAAAAGUGUAAAGGCUUGCCGUUGGCAGCAAGAACGCUAGCUGGCCUUUUACGCUCUAAGCAAACAUAUGAUGAAUGGGUGGAUAUAUUGGACAGCGAAAUUUGGGAUUUGCCUGAGGAAAGUAAUAUUCUCCCUGUCUUAAAAUUAAGUUAUUAUCAUCUUCCGUCACAUCUUAAGAGAUGUUUUUCUUAUUGUGCAAUUUUUCCGAAGGAUUAUGAAUUCAAGAAGGAAGAACUUGUACUUUUGUGGAUGGCAGAAGGACUUAUUCAACAGUCAAAUCAUAAGAAGCAACUAGAAGACCUAGGAGGCGAGUAUUUUUCUGAGUUAUUGUCAAGGUCAAUUUUUCAACAAUUGAGUAAUGAUAGUUUGAAAUUUUUGAUGCAUGACCUUGUCCACGAUUUGGCCCAGUGGAUUUCUCGAGGUACAAGUUUUAGAUGUGAGGAUGAAUUGAGUGUCAUGCUAAUAGAAAGACAUGAAAGGAUUCGACACUCUUCAUACACAUUUAUACGGUAUGAAGUUGAAAAGAAUUUCGAAGUCUUCCAUGGACUUGAAAAGUUAAGGACGUUCUUGCGAAUUUGGGCAUCAAAAUUAAUAUUUCGUAACAGUUACGUAAGUCGGUCAGUCUUUCCCAAUUUAUUGCCGAAGCUCAGAAAAUUGAGAUCACUAUCUUUAACAAAUUAUUCAGCGAUUGAAUUACCUGAUUCAAUUGGGGAUUUGAAACAUUUGAGGUAUCUCAAUCUUUCUAAAAGUCAAAUCACAAAUCUACCUGAGUCAACAAGUUCACUAUUCAAUUUACAAAGUUUGUUAUUAAGUUGGUGUUCUCAUCUCAAAAAGUUGCCUUUAGAAAUGGGAGAUCUAAUCAAUCUUCGCCAUCUUGAUAUUAGAGGUGCAAUACUUAUAAGAGAGAUGCCUUUGGGAGUGAAAAAAUUGAGAUGUAUUCGAACCUUAUCUAAUUUUGUUGUGGGUAAAGGUGUCGGAUCUAGUUUGAAAGAUUUAAAAGAAUUAAAGUUUAUUUGUGGAGAACUUUAUAUUUCAAGGUUAGAGAAUGCAAUUGAUUGUCAUGAAGCAAGAGAUUUUAUAUUGUGCAACAAGAAGGAUUUAGAAGUGUUAGUGCUAGAAUGGAGUUCUUCUAUGCCCUCACGAGAUGAAGAAGCAGAGAAUAUUGUUCUUGACAUUUUACAACCCCAUACAAAUCUUAAAGAGCUCACAAUCAACAAUUUUGGCGGCAAACAAUUUUCAUCUUGGAUAGGAGAUCCAUCAUUCUCUAAUAUGGUUUCUCUUAAAUUGGGUGAAUGUGAAAAUUGCAAGACCUUGCCUUCGAUUGGGCUACUGGGCUCACUUAAAAACCUCAGCAUCAAAGGGAUAAAAAUGCUUGAAAAAAUUGGCUGUGAGGUGUAUGGGGAGAGUUGCUCAGAAUCUUUUCAAUUACUAGAGACUCUUUGUUUUGAGAAUCUGCCGGAAUGGGAGCAGUGGGAUCCUUUUGAAGAAAAGGAGCAUGUUGAAAGGUUCUCUUGUCUCAAAGAGCUUUCCAUAUCACAAUGUCCUAAACUCUCUGGAAGAUUACCUAACCGUCUUCCGUCAUUAGAGAAACUUGUGAUUAGUGAUUGUCAGCAAUUGGUGGUUUCGUUCACAAGCCUUCCACUGCUCUGCCGUUUAGAAAUAGAAAGAUGCAAAGGCGUGGUAUGCAAUAGUCCAAUUGACUCACGAACACUGAAUCCGCUUCCUUCAUUGGAAACUGUUGUGAUUGAUAAAUUUGAGGAAUUAGGGAUUUCUCUCUCAAGCCUUCCAAUGCUUCGCUCCUUGAAAAUAAUUAGAUGCAGCAGAGGCAUGGACUACCCUCUUCCUUUAUUGGAGAUUGCUGUGAUUAAUAAAUGUGAGGAAUUAGGGAUUUCUUUCUCAAGCCUUCCAGUGCUCCGCUCGUUGCAAAUAAGUAGCUCAAGUGAGUCCCUAAUUAGUGAAGAAUCAAAUGUUCCAGUGUUCAGAAGGUGGACCAGGGAGGGAUUUCAGAAAUUAGAAACUCUAGAAAUUGUUGGUUGGGAAGAGCUCACACAUUUGUGGGGAAAUGAGAUUUUUCUUGAGAAGCCACUACAAGGUUCCCACAGCUUCACCUCUCUUAAAGAGCUAUGCAUGAGAGAGCUUCCAAAUCUUGUUUCGUUUCCAGAUGGUUUUCUUUCCUUACCGACAAAAGUUGAAAUUAGUGACUGUAAUGCUAUUACAUCAUUAUACGGGGGCUUGAAGCACAACAAUGCACGUGUUGAGCACUUGAAAGUCGAUGGUUGUAAUUCUCUAUCAUUCAUUGUGAGAGGCCAACUACCUUCGUCUCUAAAAACCCUUUGGAUGGCCAACUGUAAAAAAUUGGUGUGUAUUUGGGAGCAUACUGGUACUCCUUCUCCAUCUUCUUCUAAUGCAUUGAUGGACAAAGAAGAUGUGGAUAACACCACCACAUCUCUUCUCUGCAAAUUGGAAAUAUAUGGCUGCCGCUCUCUUACGUACUUAUCAUCGAUAUACCAGUUACCUCCAACACUCACAGAGCUUAGAAUUUUUGGAUGUCCAAAUCUCAGGACGUUGCUAUCUGGGGGAUCAACUCUGGAGGGCCAAUACACUCUUUCCAAUCUAAAUCUAAUUGAUAUUCGGGACUGUUCCAGUCUUGUUUUGGGCCGGGAAAUUGUGCUUUCUAACAAUAAUUCAGUAGUUAUUAUCGAUCAAUAUGAGAAGAUACAAGCACUACCAAGCCGCAUGCACACCGUCAAAUCUGUUCAACACUUACGCAUAUCGGAAUGUCCAAGCAUGGCAUUGUUUCCAGAAGAAGAUAUUCCCACCAAUAUAACGUCACUUUAUGUUGGUGAACCCAAAAUCUACAACUCACUGGCUGGGUGGGGCUUCCACAAAUUCACCUCUCUUAGAAGCCUCUCAGUUAGUGGAUGCCCAAAUGCAGUGUCUUUCCCUGAGGAGGAGAUGGGAAUGAAGUUGCCAUCCUCUCUAACUGAAAUGAGUAUUUCAGGAUUCCCAAAAUUAAAAUACCUAUCUCCCAAGGGUUUCCAAGAUCUCACCUCUCUUGAAAAAUUGUGGAUCAAUGAUUGUCCAAAUCUCACAUCUUUGCUAGAUUUUCCAUCUUCACUUCUCCUACUAUCUAUUCAUUGUUGCCAAAAUCUCACAUCCUUACGAGACCUUUCAUCCUUGUUUGUUGAACUAUGGAUUUCUAGUUGCCUAAAUCUAGCAUCCUUACCAGACCUUCCAUCCUCGCUGCUGCAACUAUGGGUUUCUGAUUGCCCUUUGCUGAAACAACGUUGCAAAAGGGAUAAAGGACAGGACUGGCCCAAGAUAACCCACAUCCCUUGUGUUUUGAUAGAUGGGAAGUUCAUCCACGAUCCAGAGGAAGAAGAAUGAAGUCAAUUUGCUUUCAGAAUGAAAAAGGCUGAAUCUGUCAAUUACCUCACUUCAUUCUUAUGGGCCAUUCAGGAUCAACCAAACAGUCAAUUCUGGGAUGCAGUAUGACAAGAGUGGCAAUGACAGUACUGAUUUAUAAAACUUAAAUUAAGCAGUGUACAAAGUUUUUAAGUGAGGUAGUUAGUUAAAAAAUGUUAGAAGUGUAUUGAAGUUUUAAAGUUAUUUGACCAUGCCUAAACUUGCAGUUUUAUAGGUUUUACUAUUUUUCAGCUCUGUGAAAACAGAGGCUAGUAACAGAGCUUACCACAUUGCACAUAACCUAUUAUUUAAAGUGGCAUGAAGUAACCUUUCACUCAUCUUGCAAUGAACUCAGGUUGUAAUUGAUAGAAUUUGAGGUGGGUCUGACUUCUCACCCAAUAAGGUCUUAUUGAAUGGGAGGAUUACCCCUUCUUAUAAACCAGUAGGCUUGAGCAUGCUGAGUCUGUGUGGAACUCCAACACGCCCCCCCACGGUCAAGCUCAUAUGUUGGGUCAUACCUGUUGAUAGAGAAUCAGACGGUUGAAGUCAUCCUUUUUUCAGAAUCUGAGUCUUAAAAGCUUUUCAUUUUAUUAGAGAGUGAGCUUAAAGGAAGCUUCUUCUUAUAAUAGUGGCAACAUCAAGGUUUUAUUAAGGAAAGCCAGUUGAUUUGUGGUCAGUUAACAGGUAGCCUUUCUUGUAAUAAUACGUGGAGCUCAAUCUUUCAUGGCAUGGAAUGUCAAUUCACUUGUAUCAUUUUGAAGCAAGUGGGCAAUUUAAUCCAGAAUUGGAAUACAAAUUCCAGUAAGAAUUUAAGACUUAAUGCUUGCUGCAUUAUGAUGAAUUAAAUUUUCAUCUCUGUUGCUGAAGUUAACUGCUUCUUCACCUCAUUGAUUCUCUGAAAUAUUCAGGGUUAAAGGUAAUAACAGAAAUUUGAGGAAUGAGUCAGAUUCUGAUAUUUACAAUAGAUUAUAAAUUUGGUUAAUAAUAAAGUUUCUGAUACUAUGGUUGCAAUAUUUGGGUUUGCUUUCGGAUUAUCAGUUCAUGCUCUUGAUGAGUGGACCAAGAGUAAGCUUGAUAUCAGUAGUCUAAAGUCUUUAGACAUGGAGAAGUUCAUCCAGGUUUCAUUAACAUCCAGUUGGUUUGUGUUUUGUGGAUAGGUAGAUCUUCUUCUAAUGAGACAAAUGGAGCUGAUUCAGAUGUUGACGGCAACAAUACACUCUUCUAAGUAGAGUUUUGAUUAUAUAUAUAUAUAUAUAUAUAUAUAUAUAUAUGCGUGUGUGUGUGUUAUUUCUACGUAAUUGCAUGCAUUUGCAUUUUCUUCAUUUACCUAUUGUAAUAGGAUUUCUCAAGAAGGGUAAGGUUCAUUAUGUCCCCCCUUGUCUAGGUGUAUAUUUUUUAAUCAAUUAAUAAAAUUUCCUC